GACUAAACCACACUUUGUUUACUCCACAAUGGCCUCUUCCAAGAUCUUCUUCGCCAUAGCUGUUGUUGCUUUCUUUGCAGUUCCUUCAAGUUUGGCAACUGAGUUUACAGUUGGUGAUGAGAAAGGAUGGGCUCUUGACUUUGAUUACCAAGAAUGGGCGGCUGGGAAGGAAUUUCGAGUGGGAGAUACGCUUGUUUUCAAGUACACACCAGGAGUUCACGAUGUUCUUAAAGUUAAUGGAACGGAGUUCCAACAAUGUCGAGCAGCAAAUGAUAACGUUGUUCCCCUUAGAACUGGGAACGAUGUGAUCACGCUUUCCACUCCAGGAAGGAAAUGGUACAUCUGUAGUGUACCGAGGCAUUGCGCAGCCAGGAACAUGAAGCUUAACAUAACUGUGCUUGCUCAAGUGGCAUCACCGGCUACUGCUCCGGCAUCACCGUCUGCGGCGGGACCGAAUGCUGCGUUUAGCUUUUAUGGAUGGAUUGCUGUCGUGCUGAUGCUGCUGCAACCACUCAACAACCAGUAUGGUUCCAAGGGUUUUUGUGCAAAUGCUCCAAGCCUCUUCCAAAUGUGUCUUAUACUAAGCGUUGGAGCAGAUGGAACGAAAUUGGCUAAUAAAGAAAUCAGUGUCAAGACACCACGGACUGAAUUGGAAUAUCAACUUCUUGUAUUGAUUGCAGGAAAGGCCAUGACCUCAAAGCUUACCAACAAAUAG